AUGAUCCGACCAGCGAAACGGGUGGCAAUUGUUGGGGCAGGACCAAGUGGUCUUCCAUCAGCAAGGCAUGCCAUUCUCUAUGGUUUCCGGCCAGUGGUCUUUGAGAUGACUGGUGAAGUGGGUGGCCUAUGGAAUUACAAGCCACAAGACACAUCUGUCAUGAAAUCAACGGUGAUCAACUCGUCCAAAGAAAUGAGUGCCUACAGUGAUUUUCCGCCAAAACCGGAUGUCGCUAACUAUAUGCAUAACCGGAAAUUACUCGAGUAUUUCCAAGAAUAUGCCGAACACUAUGGUCUUCGAAAAUACAUCAAAUUUCAUCACAAAGUCAUCAAUAUACAAAAAGACUUUCUCAAUUUCAGUGAUGGUGGAUGGCAUAGUGAGGAGUUUCACGGAGUACUACUCUGCUGUGGUCAUCACAAAGUUCCACAUUGGCCAGACAAAUGGCCUGGACAGGACGAGUUCAAAGGCUGCAUUGUGCACUCACACGAUUAUAAGGAACCUUCAAGGUACGAAGACAAGCGUGUUGUCGCGGUGGGCAUUGGAAAUUCUGGUGCUGAUGUUGCUGUAGAACUUAGCCGGGUCUACCUGUCCACCCGCCGUGGAGCCUGGAUAUUGAAUCGUCUGCACACAGGCGGAAUGCCGCUGGAUACUUCUUGGUACGUGCAGAGGACGAUCAACGCCCGUUUCGAUCACGCAGUUUAUGGGCUUCAGCCUGAACACGAUGUUUUGGGCGCUCACACAACACAGAACGAUGAGUUGCCUAUUCGUAUAGCAAGUGGGACGAUUGUGGUAAAACCGAAUAUCGAGCGAUUUACCGAGCAUGACGUUCAUUUUGUGGAUGGCACGAAAGCCACUAAUAUUGACCAUGUGAGACAUUUAGUCCGAAUUUUUCAUCAUGCUUUCAAGCGCUGUUUUGAUCCUUUCAUACAUUUAGGUAAUCCUCUCAACUGGAAGCCGUCUGUUCAGCCUGUGGGAUCGAUCAUGCCAAUCGCCGAGAUGCAGGCUCGAGUGUUUUUCUCCGUGCUGUCAGGUGAAUCAACCCUGCCCAGUGCGGACGAGAUGCGCAAGGACAUGCUCGCUAAAAGAGAGGCGAUGAAAAAGCAAUACGUCGCAAGUUACAGGCACACUAUACAGGUGGACUACAUUCCAUUUAUGGACGAGCUGGCAACGAUAAUCGGUUGUAGACCCCGAUUCUGGCGACUACUUCUCUGGGAUCCUCCUUUGGCAAUCGCUGCCACCUUCGGGCCGUGUGCCCCGUACGUCUACAGGAUAGAUGGCCCUCAUAAAUGGGACGGUACGUUGCCUUCUCUUAAAUUUGAAGAAAUAAAAAAAAAUACGGUGCUCUACCGGGUUAUCGUCCACCAACCAGACCCAGAGGUGUUUCAUGGCCGCUCAUUAUCAUCGGAUUCCUUUUUAUGGUUCUUCCUCGAAUACUCCCAUAUCUUCGUUACUAUCUCUAAUAUUUCUUUGAAGUAUGAAUGGAUAAAUUGCUUGUCGUUGAUCAAUCAGUCCUGA